GGAAAUAAUUUUUUAUGGUAAGCUAACAAUGAGGAAUAACUUUAGGGUUGGUAACUACAAAUGAAUUACUUUAUUAUGGUGUCGCUCACAGGUUAGGUCAGGGCAGCACCAGAUACUGGGUUUUCAGAACAAAACUAUGAAGGUCUGUGGGUCUCAGAGUAACGUCACUGAGGAUUGCUCAGCUUUCAGAGUGACUGAGCACGUUUUCAGAAACAAAAUGUUCGUUGUUUUCAACCACUGCCAACUGCUGCUCAGCAUUUCUUCAUUUGUUUAUUAUGAAUCAUUUUGUCACCUGUCUUUAAUUUGCUCAUUAAAGCCUUGGAAUAUUACUGAGAGUACAUACAGGUAUUAAAACUUUGUGGAAGCCAACUAAUAUGCAGCCUCAUACAUGCUCUGUCUCAUGGUGGCCAAAGUAAAUUUUGGUUCAAACUAGCUCCAAGUUCAGAUCUACUUAAGUCAUUGGAAAUCUUUCAGUUAUUAUGGAAAUGUCUCCAGUUCCUGCUCCAGCUGUUCAUGUGGCAAAAAUUACUGCUUUCAACAACUUAUUUUAGCAUAUUAAUAAUGUGUUAAAAAAAUACCGGGGGGAGAGAGAGAGGGGAGGAAGUGUUAUCUGGACCAAGGGCAGGCAGAAUGUACAAAUCAAGCAACAGUCCAUAGAAGUAUUGCUCUCUUAUACAAAUAGUUGCAUACUUCAUGUGUGCAGUACCAUAUAAACUGAUUUACAGGUCUGCCUCAGAAGUGGCCUAUGUAAUUGAUUCUGAUCAGUGUUCAGCCUAGUCAUAGUUAUGCUUCACGUCGUGAAUCAGAAGCAUGCCGAGUGUCUGUGACCACAGCUUUCCAUCCUCCUGUAUCAGUCAGUCUAUGUUUUUUGUUUUCCUUGCUUGUCUUGCACCCCAUUCUCUGCUGCUUCUUGACUAUCUAGGUCCUUCUCAUCCCAGGGUAAUGUGAACCCUAUGUUCUGAAGCCUGUAUUUUUCUUUGGCUAACUCUGAAAUGCCUGCAUUUUUCUGUAAGACAGUGUUCCUUCGGUUAAAAAAACCUUUUUUUUGCACCUCUGGAGUAUGUGCAGAUUUCUCUUUCCAUGGCAGCUGGAACGAGAGGCACUGUAGUUACCAGUUUUAAUGAUCACUGAAUUUAGCUCCUGUUAAAUUGAAGAUCAUGAACAGCUUUCCAGCUGUCACUUCACUGUAUUUCCAGCCAGCAAUUGUAGUUACUUCCCGCUUUUCUGUCUUGGACCAGCUCAACUUCUUCUGGGCAAUGCUACUUGCUUCCUUCUCAGUUUGCAAUCUCUUUGGACCUUGUUGGGAACUCUGAGAAAUGCUGCUCUCAUCUGAACUACAUCAGAGGUUCCACAUUCCAAGAACUGACCUGUGUUAUUUCCAGAAACUUUCUACAAAACAAUGGCCAGGCAAGCUCCACCCAAAUUUCAUCCCUCAGAAUGGGACAUUGCAGCCAGGAUGCAGUGUGCCAGUACAGAGUCUCUGAAAUCGAGAUCAGAGCGCAUGAUAGCUGAGAGUCAGAGGCUGCUGGAUGAAAUAGAAAAGACAACUCAGAAAACCCGAAGUGAUGUCAACAAGAAACUAGAGCAGAGACAGGAAGAAAUAAAAUUCUGGAAGCAAGAAUUAAGUAACAAACUUGAAGAAGUUGUUCAUGAGACAGAGUUACUGUUAACAUUCAAGACUCGGCUGGAGAAAUCAUUGGAAAGCUGCAAAGAGCCACUUGUCAUUGCCCAAAAGUGUCUCCUGAACAGGCAGAGGAGAGUUGGGAUUGACUUGGUGCAUGAUGAAGUGGAAGAGGAACUGGUGAAGGAAGUUGAAAUCCUCCAGGGUGUUAUUGCUUUGCUUGGACGUACGUUGGAACAAACUGAUGAGCAAAUCAGACUAAACCGUUCAGCAAAAUACAACCUGGAAAUGGAUCUGAAGGACAAGUUCACAGCUUUGAUGAUUGAUGAUUACUGUACUAGCUUGACAAACAACACUCCUGAUACCAGAUACACUGAUAAUGCAGUGAGAAUAGAAGGAAAUUUUGUUAGCCCUGAAGACUGGAUAGAUUUCUCAAACAUAAAUGUUGAAAAGGCUGACAAGCAGCGAAACAAUUCUUUGGCACUAAGGGUGCUUAUUGAUGGCAUCCUCUCACAGACAGCGAAUGACAUGCACAAGCAAUGUGAGAUGGUGAAUGCUGCGUUUAGAAAUAGGGUGAAGGAAGUCAAGGAUGCCAAGCACAAGCUAGAGACACUCCUUGCAAUGGUGAUGGAUGAGACUGCCUCACAGGAGAAGAACAUUGCAGCCUUAAAGCAAGCAAUCGCUGAUAAAGAAGGACCUGUUAAAGUGGCUCAAACCCGCUUGGAAGCAAGAAACCAUCGUCCCAAUGUGGAAUUCUGUUAUGACACAGUGCAAUACAGGCUGAUAAGUGAAGUUGAAGAGGUUACAAGAAAUAUUAAAAGGUUACAGGAUGCACUAGCAGAGGCUCAGAGCGAGCUGAAAGCUCUGAGCCGACAACAGCUUUCCUUGGAGGAGGAGAUCCAGGUAAAGGAGAAUACAUUGUACAUCGAUGAAGUGCUCUGCAUGCAAAUGAGAGCAUCUGUUAACAUUAACAACUUCUGAAGCCAUCACACUGGGAGAUUGUGUGUUCUCCAGAGUCAUCUCCUGCUGACAUUUUAUUGACAAACCUCCAGAUUUACUGGUUUGGCUCAAUGCUGUCCUGGUUCUAGUUGUGCAAGAUAAUUAAAACAGAUUUAGUACUUAGAA